AUGAGAAAGGAGCUCGGAGAUAUUGAAAACCUGACUGAAGAUAGAAUCGAUGAGAUUCUGCAUAAAUUUUUGAAUGAUUUGAAACAAGACUCUCUCGAGAUAACGAAAGUAUCCGAAAUGUGCAUCAAUUGUGUCCAUCCUGGAUUCGUCAAUACAGAUUUAUCCUGGCAUAGAGGAACAAUGCCUGUUGAGGAAGGAGCUGAAGAAUCUGUCAUGCUAGCUAUUUUGCCUGAUGGAGGACCUACGGGUUGCUACUGUGAUCGUACAGUAGUCAACGAGUUUUAG